AUGGUUUCCUUCCUUGGAGACGAUCGCUGCGAAGAGCUCCGCGAUCUUAGCAUUGUUAAUCUCAUUGUUUCGAUCGUCAUCGUCAUUGGCAUGCUGAUUAGCUACCUCCCUCAGCAUGUCCGCAUCAUCCAGCGGCGCACAUCCGAGGGUAUCUCUCCCUACUUUGUCCUUCUCGGCACCACCUCUGCAACAUCAGCCUUUGCGAACAUCCUCCUUCUUCCAAAGUCCCGCCAGGAUGUGGCCUGCUGCAAAGAGCUCGAGACAUUCCAUUGCGUCGCGGGUCUGCUGGGUAUUGCGCAGAUGGGAGUUCAGUGGAUCUGCUUCACUUUCAUCUUUGUCCUCUUCCUCGUCUUCUUCCGCUACCGCCCGACCGAGGACUUAGAGAAUGAAGAGUUGGACGAGCAUCAGCCGGGGUGGCAGACGGCGUUGCUGGUAGCAUCUCUGACCCUCCUACACGGCCUUGCCGUCAUCAUAAUCACGGGGAUCUUGUCUACAGUGGCGCGGGAACACCUCUCUAUCUGGGCCAAUGUUCUCGGCGUCAUGGCCGCUCUGCUUGCGGGCGUACAGUAUAUUCCACAGAUCUGGACAACGUACCACAUCAAGCAUGUCGGCAGCUUGAGCAUCCCAAUGAUGUGCAUUCAGACCCCUGGCGGCUUUGUCUUCGCAGCAAGCCUGUUUGCCCGGCUUGGCUGGGCCGGAUGGAGCUCUUGGGGUAUCUUUCUCCUGACGGCUACCAUGCAGGGCAUCCUCUUGUACCUGGCCAUUUACUACGAGAUUCAGGCACGCAGCCAUGGUGCGGUCAAGUCGGCCACUGCCUCCCCAAGGCAAAACCUAUCGCAUCUGCAUGCUAACGGCUUCGAUGACGACACUCCUGGUCGAUACACGGCGCACCCUGAGCACUACGCCACGACGCCAGAACAGUUGCUUAGGGUCAUGGACCGUCAGGAUAGCGACGCAGCUGCUGAAACGACUCCCCUGCUGAAGCCUGGCGGCAUUGGUGAUCCCCACCGAAACUACGAUACCAACCGGGACUAG